GGAAACGGAGGUCCGUGUAGAAGAUGACGGGGUUAAGUAGAUAAAGGGAGCAGGCCUGGCCGCCAUCAACGACGGACGAUUCCUCGGCUCUUUUCUUUCUCACCGCAGCGCACAAUGCUCUGCCACCGCGCUCUUGUCAUUCUCAUCGCUGUCAACGUGCCAAUCGUGACGGGGCUAGAGCCAGACUUCGCUUACCCGCUGGAGAACGUAACGAUCCCGCAAGGUCGAGACGCUACCUUCACCUGCGUGGUGAACAACCUCGGUGGAUACCGGGUGAGUCCUUCCUCCUCCGCGAGCGGAGAUCACUCUGGCAACGUCAAGGGUAACGCCCGGGUGGCGUGGAUUAAAGCAGACACCAAGGCGAUCUUAGCGAUUCAUGAGCACGUGAUCACGAACAACGCCCGUCUGUCGGUGACCCACAGCGACUACAACACGUGGACGUUGAACAUUCGCAGUGCACGUCGGGAAGAUCGCGGAAUUUAUAUGUGCCAGGUCAACACGGAUCCCAUGAAGAGCCAGAGCGCGUUUUUGGAGGUGGUAAUACCGCCAGACAUCAUCUCAGAGGAAACCUCGAACGACAUGAUGGUUCCCGAGGGAGGUGCCGCGAAGCUGGUGUGCAAAGCGCGCGGUUAUCCCAAGCCUGACAUCGUAUGGAAGCGAGAAGACGGCGCCGAAAUCAUUUCGCGUUCCGGUCCUGGCAAGACAAAAAUACCCAGUGCAGAGGGCGAAGUGCUGACUUUGUCGAAAGUAACGAGGGGCGAGAUGGGCGCCUACCUGUGCAUCGCCAGCAAUGGAGUGCCUCCGUCAGUCAGCAAACGAAUGAUGCUGCACGUGCAUUUUCACCCGAUGGUCCAGGUACCGAACCAGCUGGUCGGAGCUCCGAUCGGAACUAACGUCACGUUGGUCUGCCAUGUGGAAGCGUCACCUAAGGCCAUUAAUUAUUGGACCCGAGAAACUGACGAAAUGAUAAUCACUAACAGCAAGUACGCGAUGUCCGAGGUGAAAACAUCAGUGUACAGCGUGCAGAUGCGGCUGGUUAUCAUGAACCUACAAAAGCACGAUUUGGGUGGCUACAAGUGCAUCUCAAAAAACUCCAUUGGCGACGCUGAGGGGAACAUCCGGCUUUAUGACAUGGAGCUACCUAAACAUUCUAAAAAGGGCAGUGAUCGGCGAUCAGAGGAUGACGCGAGCGAUUCGAUUGGUGAUCGCGAUCACAGAUUGAACCACGCGCAUCAAGGAUCCCUGAGGGAAACAGGAUCAACUCUGGAACCAGCCUUCGACGCGGACGACAAUUCAGCGUCUACAACGUCGAGAGACAACGCGCCGCCGGCGACGAUCGGCAUCGUCCUGAUCAUACUGCACCACUUGGUCGCUUCGACGUAA